UGGCACUAACAGUAGCACUGGCCAUUGAGCCGGUCACUGGCAAAAACGUUUCCAGUUCACUCUUUUCACAGCCCCACACCCACACCCACACGCUGCUAUUUUUCCCGCCAUUUUAUACUUCCUCAUAGACCGUAUCUCCUCGCAGAGGGAGAGAAAGGAAAUCAAUGGGAGCAGCAAACCCAGCAGCGGAAGCCCUAAUCUUCCUCCGACGUCGUAUCUGCAGUCCUAAAUUCGUCUUCUCUCCUUUCUCCGAUUCCCCACACAGCAACUUCAGCAAGUUGAAAUUUAUAAUAUCGAGUUCGGUCACUGAGGCAUGUAACAAUUCGGUUCUGCUUCUUGGUCCCCGUGGCUGCGGAAAAAUGGCGGUGGUGGACCUUGUUCUUGAAGAUCUGUUGAAAGAAUAUCCUGACAUGAUAUCAGUGAUAAAACUGGAUGGGCUUUUACAUAGUGAUGACAACUGCGCACUCAAGGAAAUUGCUAGACAAUUAUGUGCAGAGCAUGAAUUAUUGUUCUCAAAAAUGGCAUCAUUUGAUGAUAACUCCCAGUUCAUGAUAGCAAUGUUAAAGGAAUGUGGGUUAGCUCAUAAAACAGUUAUUUUUGUGUUGGAUGAGUUUGACCUAUUUGCACAGGGCAAGCAACGGCUGCUUUAUAGCUUGCUAGAUGCAAUGCAAUCUGUAGCAUCACAAGCUGUUGUAGUUGGCAUGAGUUGUCGAUUGGAUGCUGAUCAGCUCUUGGAAAAAAGAGUAAGAUCUCGUUUCUCACAUAGGAAACUGUUGUUUCUUCCUCCAUCAAAAGAGGAUUUGCAUAGACUGUUAAAGCAUGUCCUACUCUUGCCAACAGAUUCAAGCAUUCCUAGUGAUUAUGUAGCUGAGUUCAAUGAGAAACUUGUUGUAUCCUUUGCUAUAUUUGUUCUUCCUAAUUGCAUAGCCAUCUUUGGUAUAGGGCAUACAAACACCUUAGUAGCAAUAGUAUCUUGAACUUUAGGGAAGAUAGGAGCUCCAACUCAUAUUAAUUGCUUAGUGUUUUCAAGUUUAAACAUGAAUAGGAUGCUAUACCUGACUAGUAUCUUUAUUUUUCCAUUUCAAGCUCAUUACCCCCUUCCCCACC